ACAUGAAGCUGCAGCCAGGAAAUUGUGGUUGCCUAGCAAGUUUUUACAUCCACGGUGCAAAGUUUGAAGACGUGUUGCUCGGCUGCUGUCUGAGCUCCAAACUACAAACUCUAAGCAAGUAUUAUUAAAACACUAUUUCCCCCGUCGAGGUCCAGGUGGCAACACUGACGGUGCAAGAUGUCCGUCGCGGGAAUUAAGAAGCAGUUUUACAAAGCGAGUCAGAUGGUGAGUGAGAAGGUUGGAGGUGCAGAGGGAACCAAACUGGAUGAAGACUUCAGGGAUCUUGAGAGGAAAGCAGAUGUUACCAGCAAAGCAGUGGUGGAAGUUAUCAACAAAACAUCAGAGUACCUCCAGCCCAACCCAGCAACGAGAGCUAAGCUUUCCAUGCUCAACACAGUGUCCAAAAUCCGUGGGCAGGUCAAGAGUCCGGGCUACCCCCAGCCUGAAGGCCUCCUAGGGGAGUGCAUGACAAAAUAUGGACGGGAUAUGGGCGAGGACACCAAUUUUGGUGGGGCUCUAAUAGACAUCGGGGAUACAAUGAAGAGGAUGGCCGAGGUCAAGGACUCUCUGGAUAUUGAUGUGAAGCAGAACUUUAUUGACCCACUGCAGGCAGUCGCUGAGAGGGAUAUCAAAGACAUUCAGCACCACCUGAAGAAGCUGGAGGGCCGCCGUCUUGACUAUGACUAUAAAAAGAAACGUCAAGGUAAAAUCCCAGAUGAGGAGAUCAGACAGGCCCUGGAGAAAUUCCACGAGUCCAAAGAGAUGGCUGAAGCCUCCAUGCACAACCUGCUGGAAACAGAUGUGGAGCAGGUGAGUCAGCUGAAUUCUUUGGUGGAGUCUCUGCUGCAGUACCACAGACAGGCCGCACAGGUCCUGACGGAGCUCUCUGAAAAACUGAGUGAAAGGAUGAUGGAGGCUCAGUCUCGUCCAAGACGUGAAUACACACCCAAACCCAGACCAGUCUUUGACUAUGGAGAUGCAGAAAACUCCAAUGGAGGAUACUCACCAGCUGCAUCAAGCCCUCCAGCUUACUCACCUGCCCGAGUGCAAUAUCAAGGUCCAUCCUUCCAAAGAACCUCCAUCAAGAGCAGACCGCCUGAGCCGUGCUGCAAAGCCCUGUAUGACUUCGAGCCGGAGAACGAAGGAGAGCUGGGUUUCCACGAGGGUGAUAUCAUCGCUUUGGUCAGUCGAAUCGAUGAGAACUGGUUCGAGGGAUCCAUUCGUGGCAAAUCUGGAUACUUCCCCAACAACUAUGUUGAAGUGGUGGUGCCUCUGCCACACUGAAAACAGCAAGGCAAGAGGGGAGGCAGCAGGGUGGAGAGGAUGAAACGGGGGAAUGGUAGUAGAUUAGCAGCUCUCAAUAACCAAAAGAUUAUUUUCUUGAUUGCAAUUAAAGGGUAAACAUCUCCAGACAAGGACCUAAUUUGUACCUAGGAGUUAUUUGAGUGAAGAGCUUUAUAUUAUUAUUAUUAUGUAAAGAUUGAAUGGGUUUUUAAAAACAGUAGUCAGAAUAAUGAAGGCGUAAUUAUUGGGUGCACUUACCAUAUCCCGAGUCUUUACAUUCACUCUCUAUGCACCUGUGCACUUUGUACACUACACCUCCAUCACCAGGACUAAUGAAGAGAAUCACGACAGGAUGACAUCUGUAACACACGUCAGCAGUAUCCACAAACACUAAGAAGUGCAACUACUUUAUUCAUAGAUUCUUAACCUAUUUUAUAUUUACAAAGUGGCAUUUCUUGUUCUGUGGAUUGUUCAUAUCGGUACUACACACAUGCAUGUACAUGCAUGCAUUCUGCUUAACACUGUUUUAUGCACUCCAAGUUUUCACUCCUGUGCCUUCAGGCUUUAGUGCUGUUCUCAUCGUGGACUAGUUGGAGUCAACAUGGAGGACUGGGCUCGAUGUUUGAGACUAUCCUCCACUGCCACCUGGUGGUCGUAGAGAUCACUCUUGGCUGUUGGUUUGAGUGGCACUGUCACACAGCCUCUGUUAUCUCGUACCAAAUCCACGUUGUGUGGCUUUUCUAUGUUGCAGGGUGUUUUUCUUUUAUUCCAGAUAUACAUCAAAACUUCAAUAACAGCUGGAGCCAGUCAGCAAGUGACAUUGACUGACUGAUGCAUUAAAGAGACAGUUCACCCCAGAAAAAUACAUGUUUUUUCUCUUACCUGUGGUGCUAUUUAUCAGUCUAGAUUGUUUUACUGUGAGUUGCCAGUUGUUGAAGAUACCAGCCGUAGAGAUGUCUCUCAAGAAAUCAUGACCUGGUUACUCAAGAUAAUCCACAGUCCUUGUUGUGAGCAGUUUCAUGUAGGAACUAUUUUCUUUCUACUCUGCUACACCUGCCAACCACAUCACUUUGCAGAAGGAAGUGUGCAUCUACUCAUGGACCAGAGGCUCGUGCUCGUGAUGUAAACAUUAAUGGUGUCCUCCUUGGCUGUAACAUCAGCUAGCUCAGUGGUGCUACGUCAGCUAGCAGUAGAUGCACGCUUCCUUCUGCGCCGUAGUACGGUUGGCGGGUGUAGAUCAAUAAAUAGAAAAUAGUUCCUACAUGAAACUGCUCACAACAAGGUCUGUGGAUUAUCUUGAGUAACCCGAGUUUCAGCUAUUAUAUUUGAGAGAAGGCAGACGAACCUACAGCCGAUAUCACCAACACUUCUCCACUUAGACCAAAACAGUAAAGAUUAAUAAAUAGCACCACGUGUAAGAGGUAAAAUAUGUAUUUCUGAUUUUGCGCUGAACUGAACCUUAAAUGUUUAUUCACUCUUACACCACUGCUAAUCAGACACAGCUUUACAAAUAUUAGCAGUUUAUUUAAGACCAAAAAAUGUCUUGUAGUUGAUUCUAAAAAGCUGGAAGGCAUCUAAAAAUGUGCUUUUUAUUACCUUUAUCACACUAAUAUUUGUGACAUUGUCGGUGGUUUUAUUCACCUACAACCUCUCCAGUGUUUCUAACUGCACUCCACUGUCUUCUCUUAGAAGAAAGGUUACACAGGCUCUCACACUGAUGCUGUUUGUCAUUAAAAGGAAACAUGUUGUACAGCCUCAUGUGCACAAUGCUGCAAAGUGAAAUGUUUCAAAUGAUUAAAUGUCAUGUUUUCCCUUUUAUUUACUAAAACUGACAUUGUGUUUCCAUUAGAGUGCAACCCACAGCGAUGUAACAUGACUCACCCCCGCCCCCAAAUAUUUUGCAGCGUAAUACCAAAGCCAUAAGCAUCCCUCAGUUUCUUUAUGUUCUCAGGCUGCGUUGAUACUGCUGGCAGUGUCCCUCACAAUGUUUUGUGGGCUUUUACCCAACUGUUUGUCUAUUAAUUGUCAGUCUGUGAUUUGUUUUCCCCCACGGUGCUUGGGUGAGCUUGGCUUUAGUACUCUAAGCUAUAAUUUGGAGCAUGGAAAUUAAUCUGAUGUGUAUUUGGGUGUGUUUGUACCUGCCUCAGUCUUCAGGCUGAAACUGUGCACCAGGCCUGACAGAAAAUGCUGCAUAACUAUCUCCAAACUAUUGUGCACAGAAUUUACUAAUAAUGAGGGAGGCACAAUGGCCGGUUUCAGUUUCAAUUAAGUCUUUUACAUGCUGACUAUGAACUGUGAGGGUUUGUGCUGUUCACUAAAAUACCAACUUUCUCCCCUUGUCGUGAUCCCCUUGUUAGUCCGCCUCCCGCCCUACUCAUCUAUCCCAUCUCUGUUUAAACCGGGAGCGGAACAGACAGGUCUUUUCAGCAGAGAAGGGCACACAGCAGUGGAUUAUCCUCCUCCUUCCCCCACUGGUCUUUAUUCACCACCUGCCCCUGUACCCCGACCCCCUUUCUCAUUAUCUGCCCCCAUCCCAAUCCCAUGGUGCCUCUGGAGUCUCCUGGUCCACUCCUGGAAUAAUCUCCUCAUUGUUAUCAUAGUAUGUGUGUCUUAAAAUGCUCUGUUUGCAUGUCUCCUAUGUUACUCAUGUUAUAGGGCCUGGGUAUUCUGCUGUGAGGAGCAGUAACUUUGCGGUUCAGGUGUGGGUUUACAUGCCUCAUUACACUAAAUCAAAAGAGAGUUUCAGAGGGGAGACGAGGGUCAGGGGUUCAGGUUGAGCUAUUAUGCAGCUUGUAUAAUAUUGACGAUGAAUAAUGUUGAGGAACAAAGGGCGAAGAUCAAUGUUUGUGUGCCGCUGCUGUCACAGCUGAAAUAGUUGUUAAACGCUGCAACUGACAUUUAUUGCAACACUACAUGCUGCGGUGGCUCGUGUUGCACCCACAACCAAUGAGUGUCUCAACUGAGCAAUAUUGAUGAAUGAAGUAUUAUCGGACUUUAAAGCUUUAUUUUAUUAUGCACAAUCUUAAUGGAGUUUCCUGUAUUAAAAUGUAACUGCUUUGCAUGUCUUGAGCUUCUGUGUCUUCCGCAAUGCCUUAUUUUUGUAACUGUGACACUGUGGGGAGACUAAAAGUGGGAUUAUCCUGGAUUAUCUUUAGGAUAUAUGGAUUACCUCUGUACUAAAUGUAAUCUUCUGUGUAUUGUAUAUUUUGUUACUGUGUAAAGGGGAAUGGAUGCUGUUCAUUCGCUUCUUCAAAUAAAUAUUGAGUAAUUUGGU